AUGGAUAUGGUGAGUUCUCUUUCGCCAUCUCACGUUCUCAUUAUUUAUGAUGCCACCAAGGACCGAGCGGAGGGUGAGCUUCAGAGAACUGUUCAUAACGUACGACUGAGGGGUGACAUUCUUCGACCCCGAGAUACGCUUGUAGUGCUUGGAAUCUUGCACACUCUACAUCACCCUAUGGGUUAUCAUACAAGAGCGUAUUCAGAAAAUUUUGUGACGAGCAACAGAGCUACGGAGAAAGAAGUUUCAAAGAAAGUUGAUGCGUAUGUCAGAAUGCUCAUGCAUAGUGCUGAAAUUUGUGAAAUUGAAGGGCUUAAACUGGCAACAGGUGCACAUAAAGGUAUCAGCGUGGAAGUCAAAAUCAUUGCUGGCUUCCCUAUUAAGCAGGUUAUUUUGCAAGAGGUUACAACUUACAAUGCAGCUUGGGUUUUCCUGGAUAGGCACUUGAGACUAGAUAUGAGGCUCCAAGCGAAGCAGAUACCCUGUAAGGUGGCAUUCAUUCAGGAUGGCCUAUCCAUAGAAAUAGUAAAAAAUGAGGCUAAAGAGGAUGAAGAUGUUACAGAAUACAAAAAUUUUAUAUAUCUCUCCAAGCCUGUGCCUAUAUUAAAUUGUAGAGUUGCACAUAACCGAUAUGAAAGAGUACUAUUCGGACAUAAAUGCUCAGAAGCGCCAAUUCUUUGCACAAUCUGUGGAGCAAGAACUGAUACAUACUAUAUUAAAGAUGCUAUGCUAUUCAAUUACUUUGAAAUUCAGUUAGCCACAGAUGAUUUUGCCGAGGAAAACUUAUUAGGAGAAGGUGGAUAUGGUCAUGUGUACAAAGGUAAACUUAAAGAUGGACAACUUAUUGCAGCAAAGGUACGUAAAGAAGAAAGCAAUCAAGGAUUUGCAGAGUUUCACUCUGAGGUUUACGUCUUAAGCUUUGCACGCCACAAGAAUAUAGUGAUGCUACUUGGUUAUUGUUCAAAAGAGAAAUUCAAUAUUUUGGUUUAUGAGUAUAUAUGCAACAAGUCUCUUGAUUGGCAUUUGUUUGAUAAAACUGCCACCCCUCUUGAAUGGCACCAAAGAUUUGCUAUUGCUGUAGGGAUUGCAAAAGGGCUGCGUUUUUUGCAUGAAGAAUGUCGAGGAGGCCCUAUAAUUCAUCGGGACAUGCGACCAAGCAAUAUAUUGCUAACCCAUGACUUUAUUCCAAUGUUAGCUGACUUUGGUCUUGCAAAGUGGAAAACAAGCGAUGAUUCUUGGCAAACAAGGAUACUUGGUACAUUAGGAUACCUUGCUCCAGAGUAUGCAGAAAAUGGCAUUGUUUCUGUGCGAACAGAUGUGUAUGCAUAUGGAAUUGUUUUGUUGCAACUAAUGUCAGGACACAAAGUGGUGUUUGAUGUAAAUGGAGAUGACAAAAAACAGUCUCUAAGGCAGUGGGCGCAAUCUAUAAUCCAGAGACUAGCACUACAUGAACUAAUUGAUCCUCGGAUUGGCGAUGCAUAUGAUACUUAUGAAUUGUACCGUAUGGCUAAAGUUGCAAACUCAUGUGUGCAAAGAAGCCCUGAAAUGCGUCCAUCUGUUGGAGAGGUUGUGCGUCUUCUUGAAGGGGAAAAUGAGAAUUUCCAUCACUUUGGAGACCAAUUCAUACCCCCUUAUACAAAGUGA